AUCUUGAUACUUGAAAGGGAAAGUGGAAGUUUAUAAGAAUACGGGUUAAGUCUUUACAUUAAUUUAUAUAACAAAAACAAGGAAAUUUUUUAUAAUUUUAAAACCCGUUAGUCAAAACACGCCUAGGAUUUUUAUCUGCUUUGUUUAAAUUAGAUCAUAAAGAGGAGAAUGUCUUCCGGACGGCCGAUAAAAUGCGUUGUCGUCGGGGAUGGCACAGUCGGCAAGACUUGUAUGCUUAUUUCAUACACGACGGACAGCUUCCCUGGGGAGUACGUGCCCACAGUGUUCGACAACUAUUCAGCCCCUAUGGUUGUGGACGGCAUACCGGUAAGCUUGGGACUUUGGGACACUGCUGGUCAGGAGGACUACGACAGGCUUAGGCCUCUUUCCUACCCACAGACUGACGUUUUCCUCAUUUGCUUCAGUGUCACUAGUCCAUCUUCAUUUGAGAACGUCACAUCAAAAUGGUACCCUGAAAUCAAACAUCACUGCCCAGAUGCUCCAAUGAUUUUAGUUGGCACAAAGAUAGAUUUAAGGGAGGACCGAGAAACUCUCAACAGCCUAACGGAACAAGGUCUGUCUCCUAUAAAACGAGAACAAGGGCAAAAACUUGCAAACAAAGUCAGAGCAGUUAAGUACAUGGAAUGUUCAGCGCUUACACAACGUGGUCUAAAGCAAGUUUUCGAUGAAGCUGUGAGAGCAGUCUUGCGACCUGAGCCACAAAAGAGGAGACAGCGCAAGUGCAACAUCCUUUAGCUUUUUAAGCUUAAACUUUCUUUUGUGCUUAGAUGGUCUCCAGACAAAAUGCCCAAACACUUUUACUUUUAUUUUCAUUAAUUUAUUUGCCUCAUAAUCCCAUUUAGUUAUUUUAUACCAAAACUAUUGAGUGAGAUAUACCAAAAAUGCCAUCCAUUUUCAAUUCAAACGCCUUAAUCUUCCUUGGUAAAUAUCAGCUAAGGGCUUAAAAAAAAAAAGAAUAUGCCAAAGUUAUAGAGAAAUUGAGACUUGGUCAAUACUUUUUUAAAUCGAUAGGUUCAUUUAUAUUAAAAAUUGUAUCGUGUGUUUUCCCACCUUUCAAAAACCUUCCUUUUUUGUUUGUUUUAAAAUUCUAAUAAUGCUCAACUUUUAUCAAAAAGUAUAAACCCCAUUUAUUAGAGUUAGGGUGGUGAACAUUAUAUCUAAUAUGUGUCAUUUUUAUGCUAUUAUUAAUUAUUUAAAACAUAAUAAUAUAUAAACAACAAACAAGCAACAACUCAUUGAAGAGGUGAAGCGAACGUUUUCAUUAAAUUGGCAAUGUUUCAAAUUUUUCUUGCUGUGCUAACUGAAAAUGCCAUAUUUUGAAAGAGAAUUUAUAUAACUAAAUAUUAUAUAUUUAUUCAUUAUAGAUUCAUGAAGAGUUAGAGAAAUUAUAAAGAUGUGGAAAAGUGAAAUGAAAAGGAAAUAGCAUUGCUCAUUUUAUUGCCUGUGUGUAAUUUUGAAAUUUCAAAUUCAUGGGUUUUUAAUGGUGGUAGGGAAGUUAUAAAUAUCUAUUGUUAUAAACAACAAAAAUUUAAUUUAUACUGUAUAGGUUUAAUAGUCAUUUUUGAAACGGGGACAAAAGGCCUAGUACAUACAUAAAAUUUGUUGACAAGUUUAUUUGUAUACAGUUUUAAACUGUAGAUAUUGGUUGUUUCUAGCCAAAUAUAUUUUUCACAAUGUUGCAUUUUUUAAACUUCAAUUUGAUAAUAUUUUUUUUGUUGGAAACUUCGACCUAAAAUAGUCAAUUUGAUGUUUGCUUAAUUAGCUACGGGUAAUUUAGUUUUACAUUUGAGUGAUUUCUAGUUCAGGUGGAAUAUUUCGUAUUCUUCCAACUUGUGCAGAUUUGAUCCCAUCUCGUAUUUAAAAAAUGGUAUACAUUAUUAAAUCUGAUGUCUACUAAUGA